UCGCGAGAUCUGGCCACCCCACCAACAGCCACCAGCGGGAACAGAUUCUCACUCAGGCGAAGAGACAGCAGGAGAAAGGGACGAAAGGGAGGCUGUUUGAGACGAGAUUUCUCUAAAACAGAGCCAUGCUGGAGUACUACCAGAUGCUAGGAGUCCAGAAAAAUGCAUCGCAAGACGACAUCAAAAAGGCUUACAGAAAAUCGGCGUUGAAGUGGCAUCCGGACAAGAACCCCGACAACAAGGACGAAGCGGAGAAAAGGUUCAAAGAGAUUUCAGAGGCGUAUGAAGUGCUCUCAGACGAAGACAAGAGGAAUACCUACGACAGAUACGGCAAAGAAGGCCUUUCAGCAGGAGGAAGAGGAGGAGGACGAGGAGAAGGAGGAGGUCAUUAUAGUCACUUUGGAGGCAGCGGCUUCACAUUCCGAAAUCCCGACGACGUUUUCAGGGAAUUCUUCGGCGGCAGUGAUCCGUUUGCGACCUUUUUUGCUGAUGAUCCCUUUAAUGAUAAUUUCGGUGGAGGUCACAGUCACCACAGAGGUCAAACCCGGGGGUCAGUCUUCGGAUUUGGGAGUUUUCCAGCCUUUGGGCCUGGCAUCUCAGGGUUCGAUCCAGGUUUUGGCUCAUUUGGAAACAUGGGCGGAGGAUUCGCUUCUUUCUCUUCUUCAUCUUUCGGAGGAGGAGGAGGAGGAGGAAUGGUUGGAAUGGUUGGAGGAGGAGGAGGAGGAGGAGGAGGAGGAGGAGGAGGAGGAAUGGGAGGUGGAGGAGGAGGAAUGGGAGGAGGAAACUUUAAAUCUGUGUCGACCUCUACCAAGUUCAUCAACGGCAGAAAAAUUACUACGAAACGGAUUGUGGAGAACGGCCAGGAGCGGGUAGAAGUGGUGGAGGACGGUCAGAUAAAGUCUCUCACAGUAAAUGACGUUGCAGCAGAAGACCCCGUAGAGGAAGAGCUUCCUCGCCGCAGACAGAACUUACUUCCUGGUCAUCAUCAGCGCUGCCUGAGGACCAAUCAGAACCCGUCUGAGGAAGAGGAGGAACACAGCCUGCAGAGCCUGGGACUCUCCAGAGGACACAUGGACUCAAAGAGGAAGAAACUGUGGCUAAAGGAGGCGGAGUCUAAAAAGAAAAGAGCUCCUCGACACUUCCCUCGGUUCAAUGGAUUCGGUACUUUCUAUUAAUCAUAUACUGAUUUCAACGAAACGUGGCAUUAGCUCACCAUUGAAAUGCAUCAAAGUCCAUUGAACCCUCUGUAUCCCCCCUCAUGUGUAUCAGCUGCAGUGCAGAGGAUCACUCGCUGCCCAAAAUACUUGUUAGUAGCUAAGGCUUUGUUGUUUUGUACGGCUGAGCUCUGUGGAUUCAGCUUUUUAAUUCAUCUCCUAUGAUUGGACGUUUCCGAUUUUUUUGUAGCAUAAUGUUGUGUUGAAAAGAGUUCAGGUGGAGAGAGAGAGUUUCCGGAGAGGAUGAGUGAAGGUCAAGAUCUUUAGUGCAUCCUUUUUAAACACAGUGCUGCAGAUAGCUGUAACUAAAGUGGACCAAAAUGUCCAUGUUCAUCCCUCUAAAAAAAGACCUCCAAUUUCGCCUUAAUUUCAAGCCGAUAAAAGCUGAU